AUGGGCUUCUUCACCGGCUUUGCCAGCGGCUUUGCCUUCACAACCUCAGUCCUCUUCAUCACCGUCCAAGUUCACCGCUCAACGCGCAUAGAACAGCGCAAAGCCAUCCGCGCCCAGGUCGACCAAAUCGACUGGCUGACCUCUUCCAUUGGCGCCUAUGACCGCCGCAAUCUACCAGCAGAUGUUCCACGGCGGCGCCGUGAAGAGGUAGAGGCUCAAAAUCCAUCAGUGCCAACCAUGAAGGAGAUCCUGAAACAGACGUGGAACACGGAACUCGAGGUCUUAACGCGAAAGGCAUAUGAGACAAGAUGGGAGGACGUGAGAAACGCUGCUACUGAGGGUUGGAAGGCUGCUGCGCGUGUGAUUAAGCGGGAAUAA